GGCUGUGGGAGAUCACUGCUGCAGAGAGAAAGAAAAUGGAGGAAUCUGUCCAGUCUCUGGGUGAGUGUUCAGAUGAUCUCCGCAUAGUGCUGCUGGGGAAGACUGGAGUUGGGAAGAGCUCUACAGGAAACACCAUAUUAGGGAGAAAAGUUUUUGAGGCAGAAGCAUCUGCUAAAUCAGUUACUAAGACAUGUCAGAGAGAGACAGCUGAAGUCAAUGGGAGGCAGAUUAUAGUGAUUGACACUCCAGGGCUGUUUGAUACUGAGCUUGAUAAUGAGGAGACCCAGAGAGAACUCACUAAUUGCAUCUCACUGGUAUUACCAGGCCCACAUGUGUUCCUCUUGCUGAUAGCAAUUAAUCGGUUUACUCAAGAGGAGAGACAAGCAGUAGACAUCAUUAAAAAGACUUUUGGUGGAAACAGCAUCAAGUAUACUAUUGUGCUCUUCACUAGAGGAGAUGAUCUGGACAAGUCCAUUGAAGAGUUUUGGGGGAAAUCUCAUCUUACAAACAUGAUUGAGCAAUGUGGCAAGAGAUACCAUGUGUUUGACAACAAUAAGACUGUAGAAGACCGCACUCAGGUUUCUACUCUCCUGGAUAAGAUUGACAUCAUGGUGGCAGCAAAUAGAGGAGGUUGUUACACUAUCCAGCAAAUGGAGAUGAUGAUGAAGAAAGAAGAGUUGAAAAGUGAAAAAGAAGAUACAAAGGAAGACAAAGACAGACCUAAAGGACAUGGGAACCCAACUGCAGGACCUGAGAACCCAACAGCAGGACCUGAGAACCCAACAGCAGGAACAAGAGAGAAAGCUAAGGGAGGAAAGAGCUGAGCACAGAUGAAAGAUAUGGAGAUGAAAAGACUAUGCCAGUGCAGCAGAAAACACACUUCUCCAGCAUGCAUCGAUCUGACGGACUUGGCCUGUACCAAUGGGAGGAUUCUAAAAGCUGGUAACUGAUAUCUGCACAACGCUGUAAUGAGUGAAAUAUCAUUGAAGAGUUCUAAACCCGAAGGAAUGUGGCACCUCUACAAGAAGUGCAGGAAAUACACCUGCCUGGGAGAUAACAGGAGACGUGAGCACGGAGGCCUCAGACUGCUGGAAGAAUGUGCUGAGUGGUUGAAACUGACGGACACCUUAAUGAGCUCGACAAGAUCAUUUAAUAUGGGAUUUUACAUUCUAGAUCGGUUGAGAUACAUGUUCAUGUAAAAUGUUGAACAAUGUGUGAACAUCACCUAAACCAAAUCCAACUCCUUAACCAUACAUUUCAGUUAACAGAGUGCUAACAGACAGUCUUAAGAAGACUAUCAAAGUAAAUAAAACACUUUGUAAACAGUAA